AUGGAUAAGGCGGCAGAUCUGAUAUUAGGAAAGAUGCGGCACGAGGAGUUUAAUGAAGCGGCCUACUAUGAAUUCGAGUCAGACGUCACUAUACGAGUCAGUACCACGUAUGGAAAACUCAAUCGCGCAUCCGGUCGCGACUUUGAACUGCUUUGGGGCAUAGCGAAUAGGAUGACGGUAAGGCCUGAUAUAAUGUGUAUACCAUGUCCUACGAUUGCAUUUUCUGCUUUAGGCGGAGAUCGGAAUUGCUGAAU